AUGGACCCGCUGCUGCCCGCAGACCCGGACGUGAUGGAGCGAGAGGCAGACAAGGAUGCGAGGAGGAAGAUCCAGUUCUCCGUGCCUUCCUCCGUUCCCACCCAGCUGGACCCGCGACAGGUGGAGAUGAUUCGACGUCGGAGGCCGACACCAGCCACACUCUUCAGACUGACAGACCCGCCAUCACCAGAGGAAGAGAUUGGCCCUCACCAGUGGGUUCUGGGGGAAAAUGGAGCCUUGAAAGCCAAACUGGUUCACACGUCAACCUACCAGCCACCCUCACUUAAAGCUGUCCAGAGAAUGGCCCUGGCCCACCUGGCCUCCCUAGACAUAUCUUCUGUGGACAAAGAGGAGCCCUCUUCUGGGGAGGAAGAGGAGGAACGUGAGAAGGAGAGCCAGCAGACAGUCUCAGCUACAGAUCUAUGGGGAGAACGCAAACUUCUCAGGGAACAGUGUGUUCCUCCGGGGAGUUUGACAGGAAGUGCUGAUCUGAGCCGUCACCACGGAGACCAAGAGAAGGCCAGCGAAAGAGAGGAAGACAAAGGAGAAUGA